AUGUGUCAGCUGUCAAGAAAAGCCAAAAAGAACAUCAAGAGUUUGAAACCAAAUUCAAGUUCAAACCAGCCAGAUAUCUCACUACAUGAUCAGUCAAAAAUUCAGUUCCAGAAGUUUUACACUUGUAACAGUUGUGGUGGCAGUCAUCAACGUAAUUCUUGCCGAUUCCGACAGGCAAAGUGUCGUCGAUGUGAAUUUGGAAGGAGACUUCGGUUAAUGGUGGACUCAGUAUCACCACUUACAUUUAUUAAUUGGUUAACGUGGAAUGACCCGAAGUUGAUGAAAACCGAUCGGGUCAGACGAGAGGAUCAACUUACGAAAUCUACCUUUCUACGGAUAUAUGUGUCAAGUAAGGGAGUAAACACCUUAGGUAGAGAUGAACAGGUGCAACUAGAUAUUCAUGUCACUCCCAACAAGUUUGGUUCUGUUUCAGUGUUAGAAGAUUGCUGUCCACGUCAACUUCACGAAAUACUUGAUGUACAUGCAGAAUUUUUUCAACCAGGUCUGGGGUGUUGUACAACAAUCAAGGCUGAACUGAAACUGCAAAAUGGAGCAAUUCCCAAAAGUUUUAAACCAAGAAAAUUGCCAUUUGCUUUCAAGAAAAAGGUUGGAUUAGAGUUAGAUCGCUUGACAAACGAAGGAGAAAAAGUCAGUUCUUCGCAAUGGGCAUCACCAAUUGUAGUGGUAAAUAUACCAGAGGGCAACAUAAGGAUUUGUGCAGACUUCAAAGUAUCUUUGAACCCCGUUCUGGUUAAUGAUGUCUACCCAUUGCUUAUACCAGAGGAGUUGUUUCACAAAUUGAAUGGUGGAUGCAAAUUUACAAAGGUAGAUUUGGCUGAAGCAUAUUUACAAGUUGAGCUGACAGAGGAGUCUAGUCAAUUAGUUGUGAUAAAUACACACCAAGGACUGUAUCGAUAUAAAAGGCUACCAUUUGGCCUAAGCUGUGCACCCGCAACUUUUCAGAAAGUUAUAGAGCAAACGGUAGGAGACAUUCGUGGAGUGGCAUGUUAUCUAGAUGACAUAGUGGUCACGGGGAAAACUGAACAAGAACAUGUACAGAACCUACAAAACGCUGGAUCGUUUGAAAUCUACUGGGUUCAGAUUAUGGGUGGAGAAGUGCAAGUUUUUCGAGCCAAGUGUGGAGUAUUUAGGUCACAUCAUUUCAAGAGAUGGUAUUCAACCUCACUCAUCUAA